GGAGGAAAGGACUGUUUUAUGGACGAGCCAAUAACAAAAAAAGUCAAAGUAGAUAAGAGUGCUCAGGAGGGUAAACCGUAUAAUAUCAAUUUGAUGAAUUGUUUGGUUUUAUUUAAAAUGUUAUGUGUGAUAUGUGUGAACUGUUUAUUAUUAAAAGUGUGUAUCUUCCAAAUGUUGUUGUUGUUUUUUACUUUUUGUGCUGCAAAGACAUUGCAGGUAAGUAUUAGACGUGAAUAUUAAAGAAGAUUAUUAGAGUGGAAUAUUAGAGGGAAUAUUAAUCUAUUGUUUCGUCAUUUGUUAUCAGUGAUUGUUUUCAGCCCCGCUCUUCCCCUGUUGAUAUCAAAAACCGCACUCGGCUUUCAGACAGUUGGAUAUAUUCCCCGAUAAGAACAAAGGAAACCGAGCAAUGUGAAAAUUAAGAGAAAUAUACAUCCAAAUAACUCAAAACGCUUUUUAGAAAUAUGUCAAAAGAACUCAAAACACUUUUUAUGCUAGGUGUUCCAAAAAUAACUGGACACUGUUUGAUUUCAUAUAAUGUAAAAUCAUACACAUUUUCAUAAUUUACAAUUUCAAUAAUGUAAAUCAUAUGCAAUAUAUCAAACAGUGUCCAGUUUUUUUGGGACAUCUGGUACUUUAUUGUCAGCACACUUGGCAUAAUAUAGUAGCUAACUAGCUAUUACUCCACUGAAUCCACUUCGACCAAAUUGGUCGGCUCAUUUGGCUCCAAAGCCUUCCAGGCACUUCUUGACAUCUCUCUCCUCCGCAGAGGUUAUUUAUUCUAUUUAGGUUCUCUUCGGAUAUUUCUCGGAGUUAAUCGCGAUAGGGCACUGGACAAAACUAAUGCGGGCAAAGACGAAAUGGGAGGCGAGCGAAAAAAUAACCUCUGCCAAAUUGCUGUCGUUUUCCUGCUGAAA